GGAGGGUCAAAAUAACAACGGCGGGGCUGCAGAUUUUGUUUCCACCCCUUGUAGAGACAAAGGAACAAGAUAUCCCGUAACGGGGCUGCAGUUUUUGUUUGUGCCUCGUUCUGUUCUUGUUCUUGUUCUUGUUGUUGUUGUUGUUGUUGCUGUUGCUUUCCGCUUUUGCUAUGUUUGGAGCCCAAUUGACCUCGCUGCUCGCGCCCUCCGCACGAUUCCGUCGACUUCCGCAUGGGGGGACACCUCGCACCCUCGCUCCUCGCCGUCCAACCACCGCCCCGGCUCCACCGGUUCAAGGCCUCCAAGUCACCGGCAUGGGCCACACUGGCGGAUCGGCUGAACGAAACAGGUUGGAUGGAGCUGCACGUCAACACUCCCACGGAGAGUUUCUUCUCUAACGACCUGAAGAUGUACAGUGCAGGGUUGGUGGAGGGGAUGCUCUCGGCGGAGCGACUCUCUCAGUUCUACAGCAAUUUCUAUCCACUGCUGGCAGCUGACGAGGAGUCCUCACGGACGCUGAUGAACAUCAGGAAUCUCUUCAGUCAGCAAGUGCAUCACAUCCUGCACGUCGUGGGCUUGUCCGGCGGAUUCGGAGAGGAACCAGCGGACCCCUACUGGAAGCAGGUGCGCUACCUCUUCCUUCAGAUGUGGGGCAUCAAGGAUGCCUACAACUUGGUGGCCAAAGAGAAGGGUGUUGGCACCAUUGACAUGGUGGACAUGUUCUUCAUCAACGCCCACGCAGAGCUCCCGGAGAUGAUGCAGGCCUAUAGCCCUGAGGCGACCGCCCAACGACAAGGCGCCGAGGAGGAGGCCGCCAGCACUCCCCAACAACGAGGAGAGAAGGUCUUCCUGCAGCUGGAUGAGAACUCUCGGAACCGGAAGGCGGUCCCCGAGGCGGUGGACCGCGACUGGAAGCUGCGCCUGGCCAAGCGCGGGCAUUGCUCGGCCCUGGUGCGCUUGGCCCCCUCCAACAGCGAGCUCUUGGUGGGACACAGCACCUGGAGCGACUACGGAAAGAUGACGCGCAUCUUCAAGUACUACAGGUUCCAUUUGCCGUUGUCAUUUCAAUCCAAUGAACUCAUUGCCCUGAGCUCUUAUCCUGGCUGUGUCUCCAGCACCGACGAUUUCUACAUGACGGACAACGGCUUGACCAUCAUGGACACGAGCUUGGAGGUGCUGAACCCGAGGGUCUAUGACCGCAUCUCGGAGGAUCCCAAGCGACCCAGGCUGCCGCGGUUCUUGCACGUGAUGGCCACCAAUCGUGUGGCCAAGACAGGCACGCAGUGGACCUCGAUGUUGGCUUCGGAGAGCCUGGGAACUGGCAACUCUCAGUGGUUGGUGGUGGACUACAAUAGGUUCACUCCCAACCAGCCGCUGCAGGAUAACGCGCUGCGGCUCUUGGAGCAACUUCCGGGCUUUGCGCAUCAGGCGGACGUCACGGCGGAGCUCUCGUCCCGGGGCGCGUGGGGCUCGUUUAACCGGCCCUUCUUCCAGGAUGUGCGGCGGAUGUCCGGGCACGAGCAAGCCGAGGCCACCUGGGGAAAGUUCUACUCCUUCGCGGAGAGUCCACGCGCGCAGCUGCUCCAGCGCUUGGGCGCCUCUGUGGGUGAUCUGAGUGGUAUGCGCAGCACCAUGACGCGGAACUCCCCCGAGGACCUCACUCCUGGACAGCCCUCGGGGCCCGGCCAUGCCAUCAUGGCGCGCCUGGAUCUGGAUCCGAUGGUCAACAACAUCCCCAACGGAGGCAUCGACGCCAAGGUGACGAACUCCUGUCUUCUGAAGGCGAUGCAGUGCCAGGCGAUCAGUGGCCCCUCCCAUAGUGCGCUGCCCGCCUUUCGAUGGACGACGGAGGUGGAUGGCGCCAAGAGCGAACUGUUCCAGGGCUGGCCACACUUGGGUUUACCCGAUGUCUGGGACUUCGACUUCGUUCAGAUGACUCCCAAGGAGGAGUCGCCAGCAUCUUCAAAGCUCAGUGAUUGCUGAUGACAAAAGGUCCAAACUGACACGGCAGCUCCGGUCUCCAGUGUGGGCUUCUUGCAAAUGGUUUGUUCUAUGGACCGUUUUGAAGUGGAGCUCACUUCGACCCUCAACUUC